GAAGGCCCCGGCCUUCCAUUCUUGGGCUGUUUAUCGGCGUGCCGGAUGCAGGAUUCAUUCUAUCACCCUGACCGAAGAUCCCAAUGCUGUGCAAGAGAGGGAACAAAGUCAGUGGAGAAGGCUGGCUGGACAACGGGAGAGAAGUAAAGAGAUGGAUAGGAAUGUAAGGAGCAGAUGCCGGCUCAGAGUCCCUGGCAGUUAGGAGGACAGGUCCUUGAAGGGGCCUUGAUGGGCCGCUGUGAUGACGGGGGCGGGGCUGCCGUGGGGGCGCCCUCCGCGGGAGUUCUUUGGCGUCUCUUGGUGCACGCUGGUACCCGGCCCCUGGGCUCGACCAUGCCGGCGGUGCUGGGGUUUGAAGGCAGCGCUAACAAGAUUGGCGUGGGAGUGGUGCGGGAUGGCGCGGUGCUGGCUAACCCGCGGCGGACUUACGUCACGCCUCCCGGCACAGGAUUCCUUCCAGGUGAUACCGCCAGGCAUCACCGAGCUGUUAUCCUGGACCUGCUACAGGAGGCACUAACAGAGGCUGGAUUAACCUCCCAGGAUAUUGAUUGCAUUGCCUACACCAAAGGCCCUGGCAUGGGUGCCCCACUGGUUUCUGUGGCUGUUGUGGCCCGUACUGUGGCCCAACUGUGGAAUAAGCCUUUGCUGGGCGUGAACCACUGCAUAGGCCACAUUGAGAUGGGCCGUCUCAUUACUGGAGCCACCAGCCCUACCGUGCUGUAUGUCAGUGGAGGAAAUACACAGGUGAUUGCAUAUUCAGAACAUCGUUACCGCAUCUUUGGGGAAACCAUCGAUAUUGCUGUGGGUAAUUGUCUGGAUCGUUUUGCUCGAGUGCUAAAGAUUUCCAAUGACCCAAGUCCGGGCUACAACAUCGAACAGAUGGCAAAGCGAGGCAAGAAACUAGUUGAGCUGCCGUAUACUGUAAAGGGGAUGGACGUCUCAUUCUCGGGGAUCCUGUCUUUCAUUGAGGAUGUAGCCCAACGGAUGCUGGCUACAGGCGAGUGUACUCCUGAGGAUUUAUGCUUCUCUCUGCAGGAAACCGUGUUUGCAAUGCUGGUAGAGAUCACAGAGCGAGCCAUGGCACAUUGUGGCUCCCAGGAGGCCCUCAUCGUGGGAGGUGUGGGGUGUAAUUUGAGGCUACAGGAAAUGAUGGAGACAAUGUGCCAGGAACGUGGAGCCCGGCUUUUUGCCACAGAUGAGAGAUUCUGCAUUGACAAUGGAGCCAUGAUAGCCCAGGCUGGUUGGGAGAUGUUUCGGGCCGGGCAUAGGACCCCCCUCCGUGAUUCUGGAAUCACACAGAGGUAUCGGACAGAUGAAGUAGAAGUGACCUGGAGGGACUAACAACUUUUACAUGAUCAGAGUAGAUAGUGCCCUAAGUAGAGCCUACAGGAACUUGGACCUUAAUCUCUGUCUGAUCUGGGCACCCUGGUGAGGCUGUGGACUCCUGUCUCCCAUAAUUUGAACCUCAAGUUGAUUCAGCAAUAAAAUAUUGUUGGUUUUGUAUGUUGGUAAUUGGCUUGUGUUAAUCA